AUGGAUCUCUAUCCAGAGCGGUCCGUUCUCGAACGGCAGCCCCUCAAAGCCCUCUAUCUCGCCUUCCACGUCGCCUCCAUCCUCGCGCGCACGCCCUACUGGUCCCUCCGCUUCCUCGUACCCUCCCUCCGGCCACACCCCGCAUGGACGUACAAACGCGCGCUCAUCGUGCGCGUGCUGCAAGCGGCCAACGACGCGCGGUUCGACCUCACGCUCAUGCCGGGGAUCGCGGGCGCAGUCGUCCCACCGAGUGAGAAGGGACUGGACAAGUACAACGCCCGGCUGGCGUGGAUCGAGGCGCUCGAGAAGGACGAUCCGCUGGUGUGCGGGGAGGUCAAGGUGGCGAAGGAGAGGGCGGGGGUGGAGAGUGUGCGGGUUCCGGGAUACUGGACGCUGAAGAAGGGGUCGGAGUGGGCGGACAAGGCGCGGCCGGGAGAGAAGACGAUGCUGCACAUCCACAGCGGCGGGUUCUACCUCUGCUCCGCCCACCCCUCCGACGUCUCCGCCAACUUCAUGCGCGCGAUCCUCGAGCACACCUCCGCCGAGCGCGUGUCCCGCACCCUCUCCGUCGACUACCGCCUCUCCGCCGCCGCGCCGCACUUCGCGCCCGCGAACCCGUUCCCCGCCGCGCUCCUCGACGUCCUCGCCGCGUACCGCCACCUCGUGCGCGACCUCGGCUUCGACCCCGCGAACGUCGUCCUCUCCGGGCACUCCGCCGGCGGCGGCCUCGCGCUCGCCGUCGCGCGCCACUUCGUCGAGAACCGCGCCGCGCUCGCCGCCGCGGGGUACGCGGGCGUCGGCGCGGUCGUGCUCGGGUCGGCGUGGAUGGACCCGGGCAUGACGCUCCGCGGGCCGGAGAGCAGCAUCGAGCGCAACAGGGGCACGGACAUGUUCCCCCCAGGCUACCUUCCGCAACCGCCGCGGGUGCACGCGGAGUACGCGGUGACGGCCUACCGCGGGCCGAUGAGCCUGGAGGAGGCGGCGCGGAACCGGUACGUCGCCGCGGCGUCGAGGCUCGUCGAGCCCGCGGAGGGGCGGGGGCUGUUCGCGGGGUUCCCGCGGACGUACCUCUCUGCGGGCGGGGUCGAGAAGCUGCUCGACAGCUCGCUCGUCGUAGCGGAGCGGAUGGAGGCGGACGGGGUGGAGGUCGUGCUCGACGUGGAGCCGCACGCGAUCCACGACUUUAUCAUGUUCCCGUGGCACGAGCCGGAGCGGUCCUCUGCGGCGAAGAGGAUCGCACAUUGGAUCGAGGGGUGA